ACUAUUAAUAUCAGUUGGACGGUCAUUGCACCUAUUUUUGUCGCCUGACUAUACUUAUUUUUUAUGAGCAGAAAAUGAGCCUUAACACGUCUACGAUGGCUCCGAUGGGAAAAACAACAAAAAUGUGGCAAUGGUACCACGUUGAGCUGAAUGACGUCAUUUUGUUCGAGAAUUGGAAGGUGCAGGACAUGACGACGAUGAUUUGGAGCUGCUUCGUCGUCGGAUUCGCUGGAUUUUUACUAGAAUUUUUGAAAUAUUCGAAAUGGGCGGCCUCAAUGCAAAUGCGCCCCGCCGGUGACGUAGAUCGGAGAACCAAGUACGGUGGAUGUGUAGUUCCUAGUGAAAACCGGAAGAAAUUAUUUUGGGCGAGGCACGUUGUUCAAGCAAUGUAUCAUUUUUGGCAAACACUUCUGGCAUUCAUUUUAAUGAACAUUUAUAUGACUUUUAAUGUUUAUAUAUGCCUCUCUCUAUGCCUCGGACUAACAAUCGGCUAUUUUUUCUUCGGAUCUCGGCUUUGAAUCGAUCGAUAAUGUUUAUAUAAUUUUUGUUUUUCUGUGUUUUCUCAAACCGUUUCUUUCUCUCUAAUUUCUUUAUCAACCGCCUUCCGCUGAUAAACACAUUAUUCUCAC